CAUCAUCGCGUCGCAAUCCAAAGCGGUAGUGCAAUCUUGCUUUCGGAUACUGUACUGAUGAGAUCCUGGUGAAUGAGAUGCGAGUGCAAUGUGGAAUGAUCUCAGUUGCAAGUCCAGCAAUGCACAGUUGGUUGCAGCAUGGCAUAGAAGACUGAGAUGGAUUGAUUUGUCCUCUGAGUUGCGGACUCUAGAGGGUAGAAACUGAGAGAGCGUGGGCGGGGUGGGCGAAUGUGUGUGACAUGGGUUUGCGCUUGAUUCUGUCGUCGUGGGCUCGUGGGUUACUACGGAAAUAGUGAGUUCACAUGUCCUGGAUUCUUUUGUUAUACAUUUUUCUCGGUUUUACCCGGCGUGUGAGAAAAAAGAUCCAAUCAGGUGCGUGGCUUUCUGCAGUGCUUCGUGGGCGGAAGCACCGAAAUUUACUGCCACGCGUAGCUGUUGUGGUUGCGAGUCACAACUGACUCCCUCCCGCUGCCCGACAAUGGGUGGCUGGUUUUGCGCCUGGUCUUCGCGGAAGCCAAGCAGGCGCUUCUCCAGUGCUUGCUUUACAAUAGAAAGCGCGCUGGCGGUGGCGAACCUAUCGCUCGCGAAUUGACCCGGGAAGCCUUGGUUUUCAUCUGCUUACCCUCAUGCCACCCGAUUUCUGAAUCAUCGCGAGGUGAUGUUGUCUGGAGUUGCUAGCAAGGUGGAAGAGAUCGGGGCGGAGGUUAUUGACCUGUUGGGCGGGAAUGUGAGCUCGCGCUGGGUGAUCCGUGCGAGGAUGUCGGCAACGGUGUGCGGCAAUGUUGACCGUGGCGUGUGCCUCCGUCGUCGCUAGAGAGUGUGUGUGUGUGUGAAGAGCAGGAUCAUUGCCCUGCCGUAUGCCAUCUCCAAAAAGUUUUUUCGUAUCGUUAUUGAUGGGACCAGUUUACUUGGGAAUGAGGAAAUGAUCAUCUGUGGGAGUUCGUCAUAUUGCAAUUCUAGUCCGGACUACUCUUUGAUCUUCCUAGUCACUGACUUCUUCGUCCCAUCGGCGCAUCGAUGGUCACAACGCGAACGAGGGGGGAACGAAGACGAAGCAUUCAGUGUUUGCCAACAUUAGUUGAGCUCGUCGUGCAGGUUAAGUAUGGAUGUAGUGCACGUGUGGAUAGGAGAUGGAACUGGAGGGUUCAGGAAUCCUCAGCAGUUUAGGCUACAUAAUGGCCUGGAAAGAAAAAUAAGAGUUGGCUUUGUUUAAGGAUGUGGCUAUAGGCGAAAAUGGUAAAACCUUGAUCAGUAUGUAACUCUCAAGCAAUAUUUUCCUCGUUUCAUUCGAUUCCUCGAAGACUACGAUUUGCAACAUUCUUCGUCAUGAAGACUGCCACGCCAAGGGUAACUUCGAAGCCCAUGACUAGGGCGACGAAUGGUGGGACGUGGGAGCGGGCUUCUACUGCGAAGAGCUCAACGAAGUCACCAGAUCCAUCUCCUAAGGCCGCUACUCCUCGAUCCUCAAGCGCCAUUCCAAUCCGCCAAUCGACUCCCACAAGGAGGGCAACUGGCAAUAGAGCUGGUACUCCUCGGGAAGGAAAUGGCGCUAGUCAAGGGAAUUCACCCAGCAACGGCGCCACCAGAUCCUCGUCUGUAUCAAAGGUGAGUCCGACGAUUUCCAAAGAGAGCUCUGCAACAAUGCCACACAGGUCAAAGCAGAUUCUCAACCACGACUUCUUGUCGAAGACUCCUAAAAAUCGCGGUCCGUCCAUGCUCGGUCGUUCGAUAGACGACCCAUCCGCCAUUCAUCAGCUCAGACGCCAUAGUGUGCCUUUAAGCAAGGUUCACGAUUAUAUGUCGAGGAGUUACGACCACGGCUCCCUCAUUUCACUUAAGAGCAACGACCGAGGCAGCAACUUUAUGUCACGAAGCCAGGACCAUGGGCCAAAGUUCUUAUCCAAGAGCCAGAAUCAGGGCCCUCGGAGCCUGUCCAAGUCGCAGGACAGGGGGUUGAUGUCCAGGUCCCAGGACAGAGGAUCCCUCACUUCUUACACAAAAUUUCAGAGUACUGGCCCGCGUAAGUUGACUGUACCGGAGUAUGGAUAUGAUGGCCGGCGAUUGUCCACUGGAAGCAAGGAGACGGUGCAGCAGACCCCCCGCGUGAGUACUGCCAUGCAGAAUGCGCUUCGGGGAGAUCGCGGUUCUAUCCAUUUGCAAAUGGGGAGGUCUGUAGACUCCACAGUAAGUCUAUCUACAGCGGCGUCGUCCCCUAGUGAUCGUGGACGAGGAGGGCACCAGAGCUUUAUGGAUCCGUACGAACGUAGGCUAACCCCUUUGCAACUCUCUCAGUCGCAGGAGUACAGAAGCGGCGAUAUAACCCCGGAAGACACUUCGCCGUUGGACGCACGGGCUCCGACGCGCGGCGGGACGAAGCAUCGACAGCUCAAGUCGCCUGACUUCUUCGACGUGAAGAAAUUGAACGGAGACUGUGGUGUGAUCACUGCCGUCUCGAGAAUGCACAACAAGGCCAACGGAGUGAGACCGAAGGCAUCCGAGGAGGAUCACGAUAUCAUUCCAGACAAGCAUCUCCACUCGGAAGCGUUUUAUGAAAACAGGCGUGAUAGUCUAGCUGGCUCUGCAAGGAAGGCUUUUAGCGUGGAAUCUGACUCCGCAGAUGGAAGCUCGCAUUCCAGCGAGAUAAACUACAAGUUGGACAAGGAGUUGAGUGGCGCUAAUGACUUGCUUGAUAUAGGAUCCUGGAAUGACGACGAUGAGGAGUAUCUCCGGAUCUACAAACUUCACGAUCGCAGUGCCGAUGGGUCUUUUGUUGACAUUUUAGAGGAUACAGCGUCCGAGUCUGCUGCAGUCGGCAAGAAUAACCACGUCGAGGGCACGAAUACAUCUUCAGGCAGAAAGAAAUGGGGGGAAUUCUCCAAAAAUUCAGUGGUUAGCAACCAUGACGGAGGAUUGUACCGCAAGAGCAAUACUGGCUCUGAGUUGGAUACUUCAACGCAACCCUCCCCACAAGAGUCUCCUCCAAGGGGCUCACCUCCUCCAAAGGGCAUUUCGGCAACAAACACUGAUGCUGUGAGCAGAAUUUCGUCGACCUCGGCGACCAGCAUUGACUUGAACCGCAGCACAGAUACAACUUGCUCUACUCACAGCCAGUAUGACAACACUUUCUGGAGCGAUCCUCCUAUUAAUGGGAAUUUCAGACCGUGGAAUCCCACACGCGAAGCAGAGAUGACGCCUGCUGUAGUUGCGGCACGGUCCUUGCCCAUGGAGGAAUUCGUUCCUCCUCAGGCAGCUGCGGUACUUGGUUCUCAAGGACCUGCUGACAAUUUCGCAUUGAGCGAAAAGAGGGCAUUGAGAUACGACGACGGGUUGGAAAGGCUCACGAGCUACAUGAAAAAUGCUAGCCAAAGUGCUCGGAAGAAGAGAGGAUUAAGCGAUGACUUGACUUCUCAAACUUCAGGGUGUUUCGAUUAUCUUGUCGAUUUCUUGGAAACGCAGACGAGUCUCGCGGAUGUGCUCGUUUCUGCACACGGUGAGUCUAGGAAGGCCGACUUCGGUGGACUUGCAACUGGAACCGAUAAAGCAGAUUUUGCGAAUGCCAAGGCCAUUAGACGCGUGGAUUCUAACCCGACAAACGAUACAGGUUUGCUUAGCAACAGAUCCAUGGAGAGCAGGAUCACAGAUUUAGGUAGUGAGGCUAGCUGGGAGUCCGGUAAGAGUAGAUCUGUACAAACACUUGGAACUACAGGGAGAGUCAUGGACCAAAUUACGGAGAAAGUCGAUUCUCUGUCAUUCGAUAGCCCUAAACACUUGUCCACUUUCAAGUUUGGCCUCAAGAAGACCACAGUAGGAGCAUUCGAGACUAUUACUAGCUCUGAAGACCAAGGGCGUCAAUCCAAAGCUGAUGGACGUCAAGAGAUGUCGGCCCCGUCUAGCAGAGCUACAUCGGAGCGGUCGUUUCCCCUGCACAAGAUGUCGGCACAACUCAGCACGCCUCAGUCUCCAAUUUCUAGCUGGCGCUCACAUACAGCACCUAAUUCGCACAAAACAUCGCGUAAUCCAUCUCGAAAUCCUUCUUGCAAUCCGUCACCUAGUCAAUCAAAACGCACGCACUCAGAUGAGAAGCCCUUGAGUAACAGCCAUCAAAUGCCAUCGCCUCUAUCCAUGUCUGCACGACAUAUAAGCGUUGUGUCAGAAGGUGAUGUUGGGCUGAGAAAUGGAGAGGGUGUGUCGAGCCCGUCUAGCUUCGACAAGCCAGUCCCCGAAUUAAAGCCAAGUAAAGGCAGGGAAGCGAAGCAAGUGAAGAAAAGCUCUGUUGCUUCCAUGGAGAAGAAAACGGAGGGACCUGUCUCACCGACAGUCGAAGCUCCAGUGAAGUAUGUGAAGAUGCAUCCUUCUCACGAUGGCAACAGCGACCAGAAAAGCCCAACGCGGGUUGAGCAAGUGAAUGCGACUCCAUCAAAAGGUAUAGGCAGAGGCGUUGUAAAGCAUGACGAUAGAGAGAGCCUCACUCAUCAGCUUAAUCAGGCCAAUCAAGGUUGCGGUUGCAACAUCUUGUAAUACUUAGGCUGUAACAUUGAUCUACACAACAAUUUCUCGCACAACAGUGCGUACACAAUAUUGUC